CGAAGACGCAAUUGCAACGUCCGCUACUUUUAAAUACGGCAGGCCCUGUCGAAUUACCUGAAGAUAAACCUACUCGUGAAUCCGAUUUGUUUUCAGGUUAUUAUUCAUGCGUUUCGACUGCGCAGUGCCCAAUAAGAUGGAGUUCCUCACGGUAGAUGCGAAGCCAUACCCUUACGCAUUUCCACUAAGGAAGACGGCUCUGGUCAUCAUUGACAUGCAACGAGACUUCCUGCUUCCAGAUGGCUUCGGUGAGAUCGAAGGGGGUGAUCUAACCGACGUCCAAGCUGCAAUUGAGCCUGUCGGGAAACUCCUCGCAGCUUGCCGAAAUGCGGGAAUGACAGUAUUCCAUACUCGAGAAGGCCAGAGGCCAGACAUGUCCGACAUGCCUUCAAAUAAGACAGUUCGACAAGCAGAAGCGCCUGAUACGCAAUACAAACUCGGAAUUGGCGACAAAGGAAAGAUGGGAAGGCUGCUUAUCCGCGGCGAGUACGGUCAUGACAUCGUGGAUGAGCUCCAACCUGUGCCCGGAGAAGUAAUAAUUGAUAAACCCGGAAAGGGGGCAUUCUGGGAUACCCAGAUCAUGUACAGGCUAAAAUCCCGCGGAAUCACACAUUUAUUGAUUGCAGGUGUGACUACAGAGUGCUGCGUGACAACAACAUAUCGAGAAGCAAAUGAUAGAGGCUUUGAGUGCUGCGCUGUUUUCGAAGCUACCGAUGGAUACAACCCCGGUUUCAAGAUCUCGGCUCUAGAUAUGUUGCAUUGGUCUCAAGGACUUUUCGGAUUUGUGGCCAACUUACAGCCUCUCCUUGAUGUCCUCAAGCCUCUCUCUAUCACCACACCUUCCAGCGGUCCAAGCCCCCUAAAGACUAUUCCAGAGUGGGAUGGUGAUUUACGUCUCGCAAGUCUACAGGCAGCGUACCGAUCUGGGCUCCCAGCAGUCGCCGUCAUCGAAGCCCUCUAUCAGAAAAUCGAAGCCUACGAAAAAGUCAACCCUGGUGCCUGGAUCCAUCUCCUCCCCAAAUCCGAUAUCCUGGCAGCAGCAGAAUUGUGCAUCACCAGAUUCCCCGACCGCAGCAAACUUCCUCCCCUCUUCGGCAUCCCAUUCACCGUGAAAGACAGCAUCGACGUCGCCGGUCUCCCGACCACCACCGCAUGUCCCCCUCUCACGCGCACCCCCACCAUCUCUGCCCCAAUCUACACCAAAGCCCUCGAAUCCGGCGCCCUCUUCCUCGGAAAAGUCAACCUCGAUCAACUCGCCACCGGCCUCACCGGCUGCCGCAGCCCCUACGGCCUCCCUAGCAGUGCCUUCCACUCGGACUUCAUCCCCGGCGGCUCCUCGUCCGGCUCCGCCGUCACCGUCGCCGCGCAGCUCUGCACCUUCAGCCUCGCCACCGACACCGCGGGGUCUGGCCGCGUGCCCGCUGCGCUGAACGGCGUCGUCGGAUACAAGCCGACGCGGGGACUGCUUCCCUUCGUCGGCAUUACGCCGGCGUGUCUGUCGCUAGACUGUGUCGCGCUGAUCACGCAGACCGUCACGGAUGCGCGGGCGAUCUGGAAUGUUUUGGAGGAGUAUGACCCACAGGAUCCGUACGCGAAACUUCCUGAAUCCCGCGCGGUAUCCCGCCAUAUCAAUAGUACAGGGAAAGCGAGCAAAACAUUCAAAUUUGGGAUUCCGCCUUUUGAAGCAUUGGAGUGCUGCUCGCCGCCUUAUCGCCGGAUGUUCAACAUAGCGAUCGCGCGGAUGCAGGAGAUAGGAGGGAUCUUAACUCCGAUUGACUGGUCGCCGUUCGAGAAGGCUGGCCGGCUGUUGUACGAUGGUUCGUUUGUUUGUGAGCGGUUGGCGUCGUUACCCGAUGAUUUCUUCACGAAACAUGCGGAUGUACUGCAGCCUGCCAUUCGGGAGCUGUUUGGGGCUGUGGAAGGGAGGAAGUCAACCGCCGUAGAUGCCUAUCGAGAUCUACAAGAAAGGGCCGCGUUGACUCGGGCGGCAGAGAUUGUAUUUGCGGAAGCUGCGGAAGGGGUAGACGUGGUCGUCUGCCCGACAUUGCCCACACAUUGGACGAUCAAACAGGUUCAGGAGUCGCCUCUUAAGCGGAACACCGUCAAUGGCACUUUUACACAGUGCGCAAAUGUCUUGGAUUUAUGCGGCAUUUCAGUGCCUUCAGGGAGGCUCCAUGCCUCUGAACUGAGGCUUGAAGAUGUCAAGGAGGGAAUGCUACCGUUUGGAGUCAUGUUUUUGGGUGGAAGCCGCAUGGAUUCCGAAGUUUUGGAAAUCACUCGACGAUUUGAAGAAAGCAUCAUAGUUGGAAAGUAACAAGUAACAAUGGGCGAUUUGACGAUUGUUGAAACGACUGGAUCUCAUGAGCAUCACAAAGGUAUGGAAUUGGCGCAUUUGUUACUAAUUAAUUCAUUAUUUGAUGUAGCAAUGCUAGGGAUGCAGUAGGAAUAGUGGACAUGUCCUGUGUGAAACAAUUUUUAUGUUCCACAUGACUGAAAUAAU